AAAGAUUAAUUUCAAAAGAUACUUUAAAUCUAAAAGACCUCAUCAGAUCAGAUGUUAUUUUUCAAUAUGGUUGUAAGCCUUCCUUUCUCUUAUUGGUGCAUUUCUAGAAGCUCUUAUUAUACUUUAGUUAAACCCGCGGUCUGAUUCUGCACCUUAAACAUUGCAAAAGAGAAUUGCUAAGAGUAACUAAUCUCUAAUCUAUUUUGCAAUAUAUUAGUGUUCAUUCUGCCCUCAUGUUGUUCUGCAGGUAUCAGGACAGCCAUGGAUACAAACGCGUCCAUCCAUCAAAUCAACAACACGCAGGAGUCCAUGUCCUCCUCAGACUACUAUGCAAAUCUGAAAAAGUCUCUUCACAUCUUGUCUCUCAGUGUUUUCGGCGUGGUGUUUGUGCUUGGGGUGUUUGGAAACGGACUGGUUAUCUGGGUGGCCGGCUUCCGCAUGAAAAAAAACGUUAAUACAGUUUGGUUUCUCAACCUAGCUGUGGCUGACUUCCUCUUUACGGCCUUCCUCCCCCUGAGCAUUACAUACCAGGCUUUGAAUUUCCACUGGCCAUUUGGGAAGCUCAUGUGCAAGCUGAACGGCACAGUAAACUUCCUAAAUUUGUACGCCAGCGUCUACACCCUGGUGGCGAUCAGCGUGGACAGGUUGGUGUCCAUAGUGUGGCCGGUCUGGGCUCAGAUUCAUAGGAACGUGAGGAAGGCUUCCUAUAUGAGCUACGGUAACAUUACCAUCUGCUACAAUAAUUAUGCUUCCUCCAAUAAUUAUACCAAUCCAGAUGUGAUUCAACUGCGACAUUUUCGCCAUCGAUCUAUGACCAUUACCCGUGUUCUCCUGGGCUUCAUCAUCCCCUUCAGUGUUAUGCUUUCCUGUUAUUCCAUCAUAAUCCACCGCCUCAGGAACAGCCCCACAUUGGCCAAGCGAUCAGGCCGCCCUUUUAGGGUAAUUGCUACCAUCAUUAUUACGUUUUUCCUGUGCUGGGCUCCCUUUCACAUCAUGACAAUUGUUGAGUUGAAAAGAUUUGAUCCAGACAGCCAAAGCGAAACACUGGCACUUGUCAUCGGCAUCGGGUUACCACUCGCCACGUGUCUGGCCUACAUUAACAGCUGCCUGAAUCCAGUGUUGUACAUAUUCAUAGGCCAGGAUUUCAAGGAUAAAAUCUGCAAACCCAUCCUGAAGGUGUUGGAGUCUGCAUUUCAGGAAGAUGAGAUCAACACUUACACAAAAUCUACCAGCGCCAGCGAAAACAAGAGAUCUGACCACAAUACUGAAUUGUAGAAAUAGCACUGAAUUUUCUACACAGCUGAAAGGAUUGAAUAACUAUUACAAAAUCCCUGCUUUAUUACAUUAUAAUUGGGCCUGAUUAUCAAAAAGAUUGAUGUGAUGUAUACAAAUGACUAUUUCAGAGAAGGACAAAAUCAAAUAAACAUUUCUCAUGACUCUGAUAUUUUGUAAAUUUGACAUGUGCACUUGCAUUAUGCUAUUAUCAAUAGACCAAGCUUUUAAUUUUACUGUUAAAUAAAUAUUUUUUAUGUAUAUAUUAAUUGUAUUUCAUAUAUUCAUUGUAAAUGCCCAAGCAAUUUAAUUUAAUGUUUUUUUUUUGCACAAUGUUUGAGAAUCAGUUUAUUCCAGAAAGAAAGAAAGAUGCACUUAUUGAAGUGACAAAAACACUGUGUGGACACAUCUUGCAUUUACUGAAGUGUGUGAUGUAACUCCUCAGUAAUAACUGGCAUCUUUCAGCAAUUGUGUAUGGCUGGAAGGUUGUGUUGAAAACACCAGGGUUCUGAAACUGUUAACAGGAAAAGCUUUAUCUAUGUUCAGAUUUUUCCAUAAUUGAAGGCUAAAGGUGCCACUUCAUUUUUAGGUGUAAAAAUAAAGCUAUUUCUGCUGUUUCUGACAAACAGCUUAACAAUGGGGGAAUUUUUUUUUUGAAAAAUCCCCCUUUAGCUAAGCUGUUUGUCAGAAAAAGAAAGAUCUGUUUUGGUCCUUAACUUUGUCAGUUUUAUUAUUGUCAGUGAGGCAGUUUUGUUUGCAAGAUUUUGCUUGUUAUUUUUCUUUGAUUCUAGUGGAGAUUAUUUAACCUUUUACAAUGUGCUAAUCCCAUAAGAAAAACUGAGAUAUUUUAUCUCAAUGCUAUGUCUAAUAUAUUGUCAUGUACUAACUCUCGAAUAAAAUCAUUGAAUGUGAUCAUUUUA